UUUUGUCCUCCAAUAAUCGGUAUCGGCAUUGAAAAAUCGUAAUUGGUCUACCUCGACUCUGGUGGCAUUUAUUUUGGGGUAUGCAUGGGUGUCUAAGCUGUGUGUGUGUGUUAGUCGUUUAAAUUAACAGCUCGGUGCUUUCAACAUGACAAUACCUCUCACAAAUACCAGUAGUGAUGAAGUCAAUCUCUCCUCUACUUUGAGCCAGGAGAGAUUAACAUGCAUAUUAUUAAUGUUUGCUCUCUGUGUUUAACCAAGGGCCAGCCGUGCUGCCCUGUUCUGAGCUAAUUGCAAUUUUCCUUAGUCCCUCUUUGUGGCACUUGACCACAUGACUGGGCAGUAGUCCAGGUGCAAUAAUACAAGAGCCGGUAAGUCAUUCCUUGUUGAGAGUGCUGUUAAGACAGAGCAGUGCUUUAUUAUGGACAGACUUCUCCCCAUUUUAGCUACUGUUGUAUCAAUAUGUUUUGACCAUAACAGUUUACAAUCCAGGAUUACUCCCAAGCAGUUUAGUCACCUCAAUUUGCUCAAUUUGUGUGUGUGCUGUUUGUAAGUCAUGACCGUGAACACAUCUUGCGUUAACAAUUUAACAUUCGCUAAACAGCAUACCCGUUAGGCUACUGCAUCCUCUGCGACCUCACCUGUGAUAUCAAAGUCAUUUUUGAUAAGGCAAAAAAAUAAAAUUAACGAUUUGGUAUAAUUUUGAUUAUGGAAGAUUGAAUAAGUGCGGUUCAAACUGUUUGCUUGGAAUGAUUUGUUGCUAUCGUCUCUAUCUUGUGCAUGAGAGUGCAUCCGACUCCGUCUCCCUAACAGAAAAUACGUAUAACAACGAUGCCCGCAUGAGUCAUUAUCAGAGAAACGAAACUUAUGGAAGAGGAAACAAAAUUCUAAAUAAUUUACGAAUGCCGCGUUCCACACAACUGGGAACUCGAAAAUCUCCGACAUCAUUUUGUUCAAAACAAAUCGGAACUCGGAAAAAAAUACUAGCUCCGACCUGGAAUUAUCGAUGUGGACGGUCAACCAACUCGGAAUUCCAACUGGGGAACUUGUGCCUCUUUCUAGAGCUCCGACUUUCCGACCUGAAGAUCACUGACGUCAUGAUUUCCCCUCGUAUUUUCCGAGUUUCCAGUUGUUUUGAACGUGGCAGAAUAGAACCGCCGUGCCUCGAUGUGCUGCACACUCUCUAGAUUCACCAAACAGUCGCACAGACACACUGGAGCAUGGCUUGUCAGCAACCCUUCUUCAAUCCGAGAUUGCCAUUCACUGGCUGUAUCCAGGGAGCUCUGCAUGAGGGGAAGACCAUCACUGUGACAGGGAGAGUCCUGCCAGGGUCCCAGAGGUUUUAUGUGAAUUUGCAAUGUGGCUCAAGAGGAAAUCCCGACAUAGCCCUCCACUUCAACCCCCGAUAUGAUGAAUCCAAAGACGUUGUGGUCUGCAACACCAUGCAGCACUCUAAGUGGGGCUCAGAGGAGCGGGAAUACCCAGCAUCCAUGACUCGAGGGGCCAACUUUACCCUCAUGUUCCUGGUCAACAGAGAUUCAUAUUCACUGAUUGUGAAUGGUGCUCACUUCAUGGAGUACCUGCACCGGCUGUCGUUCUCCAGAGUGGACACCAUCACCGUGGAUGGGGGAGUGGAGAUCCAAUCCAUUGCCUUCUCCAACCCUGCAGUGACAUCACCUCCUCCCCAACCAGGAUAUGCUGUCCAUCCACACAGUGGUCAACGGAACCGAACUAAAUCUCAUCAAAGUAAAUCAUGUCCCAAAACUCCUCCUCAAUGGUGUAAUACCACACAGGCUUUCUCUGCUGCGUUUUGCACCACAGGAUUUUUUCAGACACCCCCUCCAUACACCCCCCAGCCGUCCUUCGUUGUGCCAUAUAAAAAUAUAAUGGUAGGUGGACUUUACCCAGGCAGAAACAUCAUCGUCCAGGGUGUGGUCAACCACAACGCUGAUAGGUUCUGUGUUAACCUGCGUUUCAACUCGGGGGUGGCGUUCCACUUCAACCCCAGGUUUGAUGAGAACACUGUUGUGCGUAAUAGUCUCCUGAAGGAACAGUGGGGUCCAGAGGAGAGGAAAGGGGGCAUGCCCUUCUACAGAGGCCAGCCUUUUACGGUGGCCAUUACGUGUGACACCAAGUGCUACAGGGUGAUGGUGAAUGGAGUCCAGAUGUUCAGCUACAACCACCGCCACUUCCUGCUCCAGCAGAUAGAUAUCCUGGAGGUGGAAGGGGACGUGAGCCUAUCCUCUGUGGUGUUCUAAGUAAUGACUCUGUCCUCUGUUAUGGUUUGAGUUACAUACACUGGGGUCAAAGGUCAACAGGCGUAGGAUCUGAUCAGGACAUUAUAAAGACCGAUGGGUGAGAAACCAUCUCUUCUGGGUGUGGAUGUUUUGCUAUGUGGCUGAUGGCGAAUGUUGAUAUCAUGUUGGGCAAGAUGUUUUCAUCAAUAAUUGUAUCUCUUUCAUAAACUAUUUAAUUUAGAGUAGACUAUGUAAAAUAUUGUCUUCUAUUUAUCAAAUUCCACAUACUUACUGUAUGUCUGUUCUCUCUGUACCGACAAUGUUUCCACAUCAAAUAAACUUCAAUAUUGGAACAAAGAUGUUGUCAUAAUUCUACAUCACCGCUAGGGGGCAGAGAGGUUCUGAUAAAAUUACUAACUUUGUCCUGCUUCAGAUUGUCGUGGGAGGGUUCAGAUUUUUUAUUAAAAACUAAAUUCUAAGGAUUUUGACAAAGUAAAUACUGAUGACAUUAAUGGAGCUGUGAAUCUUUAUAAUUACAUGAAGUGUAUAAAAAUGACUGGGAGUUCCAGGUGGUUGGAAAUGGGCUAGUAGGCCGAGCGACAGACGUAUGCCCUAGUCGGCUGGCCCUCGCUACAUAUUCGUCGCCAGACCAACUGGCUCCAGGUCAUCUACAAGUCUAUGCUAGGUAAAGCAUCGCCUUAUCUCAGUUCACUGGUCACGAUGGCAACACCCACCCUUGGCACGCGCUCCAGCAGGUGUAUCUCACUGAUCAUCCCUAAAGCCAAAACCUCAUUUGGCCGCCUUUCCUUCCAGUUCUCUGCUGCCUGUGACUGGAACGGAUUGCAAAAAACGCUGAAGUUGGAGACUUUUAUUUCCCUCACCAAACAUCUGCUAUCUGAGCAGCUAACCGAUCACUGCAGCUGUACAUAGUCCAUCGGUAUUUAGCCCACCCAAUUUACCUACCUCAUCCCCAUACUGUUUUUAUUUUGUAUACUUUUCUGCUCUUUUGCAAAACAGUAUCUCUACCUGCACAUGUUCAUCUGGUCAUUUAUCACUCCAGUGUUCAUCUGCUAAAUUGUAAUUAUUCACUCCUAUGACCUAUUUAUUGCCUACCUCAUGCCUUUUGCACACAAUGUAUAUAUAUUUGUUUUUUCUACUAUGUUAUUGACUUGUUUAUUGUUUGCUCCAUGUGUAACUCUGUGUUGUUGUCUGAUCAGAACUUUUCUCAACUAGCCUACCUGGUUAAAUAAAGUUGAAAUGAAAUACA